AUGGCUAUCUCUGAGUGUCCUUUUAUUAUCCGGUCUUUUGAGUUUGCACCUGCCGAUGGGGCAAUUUUCGCAACUGCUAAUGCUGCACCCCUAAUAGGAACCCUGAGUGAGCGGUUUUGGCAGCUCAAUGAACAUGUGCGCAGGUAUCGCCAUGCAGUUGAAGACUCUGAACGACGCUUGGUGCUGUUCGAUGCGAAGAGCAAGAUAUCUGCCAAGGCUGAGGACCAGAUAUACACCACCCCAAUAACGCAGAGGGGCAGAGUCGCGUUUUAUAUCGGGAUCUGUGCUGCUAAUCCUGAAUACGUAGACCUGAUCCCAAACUACCGCGCCAGGACUUCAAUAGCCAACGAGGAGAGUCGCAACGUUGCCGUCAACAUCUCGCGGAAAUCACUUCUACCACCUUCAGCGUAUGGCUCUCUGAGUCCAUGUAACAGCCCCUAUCGAAUGCCUCUCAGCCUCCUCCCGGAAGCACUUGCAUGUAUUCAGCGAUGUGCUCAAGAUCGAGGUACUUAUCGCAAUCCCUGGACUCGCGUCACAUUUCCCGACUGGACUCCGUAUGCCGAACAUGGAAACGAUGGACUAGUCCCAGAAGAAUCGUCUCAGCAUUUCACCUCCUUCAAAGGCCUUGUAGAGUUGUGGAGAGGCAUACGCGUAGCGAAGAGGGUCCACGGAAUACCAAUGGACUUUGACUUCAUGUGGCUGCAGCCACGCCUAGCCGACUUCAAGCUUCUAGUCCCAUACGUGCCAAGCGGUACACAACGUCGGCAGUUAUUUGUCCAAUAUAAGAUUGACGGGUUAUAUCGCUCACCUGCUUCACCACUGACGAAGGUGGCUAUUGCCCGCAACGGUCGGAAGGGUCAGCUUAACUACUACUUCAAUGGGCAUGAGCGGUUCGACUAUCUCUUAUACCAAUUUGACUAUCAAGACCGACAGAGGUUGGCAUGGACACAGUUCUUUUUUAUACCCGAAAAGGUACUUCCAGACGAGUUCUACACGACAAAAGCAAAGGAUGCUAGCUUUGAUCGGGAGGAUUUCAAGCCAUAUUGCAUUACUCUAGACGAUACUGGAGAACGGGUAAAAAAGGUUUACAGUAUUAUACAAGCUACACAAAAUCCACGUCAACUUGGCAGUCGACCUCAAAGACCUUCUCAGAGCCGCCUCAAGGACACCGCAUCUGAACCUGAAGACAUGAGCACACGUCCAUUUCCUGUUCCUUCUACGACAAGGCUAGAAGAGUUUGCAUCCAAACUAUUCUAUACCAUCAUAGCCCACUGUGCUGCUCGUCGCUCUGGUCUUCUCUUGGUGCUGUCGCGUGGGCAUCCUUUCGGAGACUUGGCUUAUUGUCGAUAUCGAUGGACGAGGCGACAACAAGAAGCCUUCUUCGCCAGCAAAUCGCUACCUUGUACAAUAACACAACUACCCCCCAACACUCCUAUUGUACCAUUUCAUCUGUACUCCAGGAGCCAGGAAGUCACGUCUCGGGGCCCUAGGCUUACAACAGCCGAGUUUCACAGACUCAACGAAAGUCCUCAAUACCGACUGCUAGUAUUCGACAUUUUUAGUCAGGAAGGGCAAGGUAUUCAUGGCCCUCUGCUAAUCAUACCGAGUAGCGAUAUUAGUCCAACACAACUGCAACUUGAUUUGUAUAACUCCAAUCGAAAACUCAACAAACACGAGGACUUUGAGGAACGGGUGCCAUUACUUGCCGAACUCAUACACACUGGUCUCAACCCACUCGACUACAUCAUGUGUUCGGGCGGCCCACGUGUGUUAGCGGACCAAGCUAAUACUUGGGACGAGCUUUGGGUACUUCUUGAUAAUUUUGCUGGAGUCAAGGAUGUUAUGCAUCCGCCAGGUUACUAUCGCCAAACUGGUAAUUUCCGAGUUACUAUUCAGGUUCUCCACCAGAUCUUGGUAGAGAAGCAUGCGCGCAUCUUGGCUGAGCCAAUGCCCUUCUUGAGGAUGGAAAAUGAAGAAGAGUAUGACUAG